CCAGGGGCCGGAGCCGCCCACCAGCCCAUCCCGCCUCGCCUGCGCCUGGAGCUCGCCUGUGAGGAGCCAGCCCUCCAGCCAUGGGCAACGAAGCGAGCCUGGAAGGAGGAGACGCUCUGGCCGGGCUCCCCGAAGGGCUGGCGGCUGCGGCAGCGGCCGGGGAUGGCGGAGGGCGAGGGCUGGCCGCCGGCGUGGAGGCGGAUCUGAGCCAGCUGAGCGAGGAGGAGAGGAGACAGAUCGCCGCUGUCAUGUCAAGGGCGCAGGGGCUGCCCAAAGGAAACCUCCCCGGCACCACCGGCGCGGAGCCGCCUCCCCUGCACAGACAUCCUGAGUUUGAUACCAAUCACUAUGCAAGACAGCCAGGUAAGCCUCCAUCCAGUUUAAGCAAAAGCAGAACAGUAGAUGUGUUGAAGACAGAACAACGAUCUCCUGGAAGGAGCCCUUCUUCCACUAGUCUACGAGAAUCUAAAUCCAGGACUGAUUUUAAAGAAGAUCAGAAGCCAAGUAUGAUGCCUAGCUUCCUCUCUGAGGCCAAUCCAUUAAGUGCAGUCACUUCAGUUGUAAACAAGUUCAAUCCUUUUGAUUUGAUAUCGGACUCAGAUGCAGCCAAGGAAGAUGACAAUAGGAAACAAAAAGCAGUUCAGAAAGACCAGGGAAAGCCUGAGGAGCAAAAAGGACAAGCAAAGCAUCCAACUCAGCAACAAUCUCCAAAGCCAACAAGUCAGCAAAAAGAGCCCAUCAAACCUGUACCCCAGCAAACAGGGCCUUCCAAACUGCCACCCCAACAGCAGCAGGUUGGGGCAGCUAAACAAGCUCAGAAACCAGGGCCUGGUCAGCCAGUAGGCCCUCCCUCAGAACAAGCCAAGCAACCAUCUCAACAACGAGGGGCACAGAGAACUCAGCCCCAGCAAUCUGAACCCACAAAGCAGGUACCUCACCAACAGAGUCCUGCAAAACCUUCACCACAGCAACCAGGUCCUACCAAAACAUUACCCCAGCUACCAGAUGUUGCUAGAAUGCCAUCCCAGGCACCAGCUUCCACAAAGCCAUCAGAACAGCCCCCAGGCCCUACAAAACAACUAUCUCAGCAACCAGGACAGCAAGCAGGUCCUGCAAAGCCAUCCCCUCAACAAGCUGGACCUAGUAAACAACCCUCUCAGCAGCCUGGUCCUGUAAAGUCAUCUCCUCAGCAAAUGGGGCCGGUUAAACAACCAACUCAGCAGCUAGGGCCUGGAAAGCCAUCCCCUCAGCAAGUAGGAGCUGGUAAACAGCCAUCCCAGCAGCCAGGGCCUGCAAAACCAUCUCCUCAGCCAGCAGGGCCUGCAAAGCUACCAUCACAGCAACCAGGACCUACAAAACCAUCAGGCCAGCAACCAGGGCCUGGUAAGCCUUCACAGAAACAAAUAAUUACAGCUGCACACGGUGAAUCAGCCCCAAAGAAAACUUUCUGUCCUCUUUGCACUAGCACUGAACUGCUGCUGCAUACUCCAGAACAGGCCAAUUACAAUACUUGCACACAGUGUCAAACCGUGGUCUGCAGCCAGUGUGGCUUUAAUCCCAAUCCACAUAUAACAGAGGUUAAAGAAUGGCUCUGUUUAAACUGCCAGAUGCAAAGAGCAUUAGGUGGUGAUUUAGCUCCAGUCCAUGGUCCUGUGCCACAGCCUUCUCCACCCAAACAGAAAGCAACUUUUCCAUCUUCAGCAACCAAACCGCCCUCCCAUCCCCAGCAGCCUACUCAAAAGAAAGAUACUGCUCAAAGACCUGAUCCUUCCCAGUCCUCAGAACCUAAAAAAACCCCACAUCUGACAAAGCAACCAUCCAUGCCUGACUCUCCCCCUGUGAAAACAAAGCAACCGCCCAUUGAACCCGUUAUCCCGCAGAUCUCCCAGAAAAUUGAACCCACUCCAAAAUUUGACCAGGUCAAGCCAACAUUGGUUGAAGAUAAGCAAAAGAAGCCUACCACUGACAGUGCACCUACCUCUUCAGCAUCUGGACUGAAACAGGAUUCACAAGGUCCCAAAGUUCCAUCAACUCAACAGAAAACAAUGGAACCCCAGAGACCAGAAUCUGCCAAGCUAUUGCAGGACACCCAUCUGGCUGGGGAGAAAGCUAUCCUGCCAGAGUCCAAAACCUUACCACAAGUGUCACAGAAAAAGUCAGAGCCUAAAUUUGUUUCUCAGCCUGGAUCAGACACUAAAGGUCCCAAACUUGUAGAGCCAGCACCAAUGAAGGAAGACCCUAAAAAAACACAAACAAAAAUAACUCCAAAACCUGAUGCCAAGCAGAUUCCAAAAGGACAACAAGGAGCUGUAGGCCCCAAGACUACCCCAGUGCAACUGACACCACAGCCUCAACAUCCGCCAAGAGCUCAAGAACAACCAAGGCGUUUCAGUUUAAAUCUGGGAAGUAUCACAGAUACCCCUAAACCGCAGCCUACAACUCCACAAGAAACAGUUACUGGGAAACUUUUUGGAUUUGGUGCUUCAAUCUUUAGCCAGGCUUCAAAUUUAAUCUCCACAUCCAGCCAACCAGCAGCUCCAUCCUCAGGCCCUCUACUGGGGCCUGCUACUAAGCAGCCCCCUCCACCAUCUCAGGUACCACACAAAGAAGCCGGUCAGGCUCAACCACCUCCAAAAGCAGCACCUGUGAAAAAAGAAGCCAAGCUUCCUGUGGUAGAAAAAUCAGACACACCCAAGGCAGAGCACAUUGUAACCAGUAAAGGAUCUGAAUUAGAAAAGAAAGCUAUUGCAGCUAAAGACGGCAAGCCUCAAAUUACUGAAUCUAAAAAAAUUGCUGGGCCACCUGAUCUGGAAAAAACUACCCUGCCUAAAUCAACGUGUCCGCUUUGUAAAAUUGGACUAAACAUUGGUUCGAAGGAUCCGCCCAACUUUAAUACAUGUACAGAAUGCAAGAAUACUGUGUGCAAUCUCUGUGGAUUUAACCCGAUGCCACACAUUGUUGAGGUACAAGAAUGGCUGUGCCUAAACUGUCAGACACAAAGAGCAAUAUCAGGACAACUUGGGGAUAUGGGCAAAAUGCCACCUCCCAUGUCAGCCCCUUCACAGUCAAUAUCCAAACCAUCUGUUGUUCCUCGGAGCCAGCCUAUGCCUCCUGAGUCAGACCGCCCUCAGAAAACUGCAGCACCACCUACCCAAGUAGUGGAAAAAUCAAAAGAAGAACCAGGAAUUCAGAGGAAAGUUCCAAAGCUUCAACAGGGGAAAUUGGAAAAGACACUUUCAGCUGAUAAAAUCCAGCAGGGGAUUCAGAAGGAAGAUCCACAACGUCAACAAGGGAAAUUGGCAAAGACGCUUUCAGCUGAUAAAAUUCAGCAGGGGAUUCAGAAGGAAGAUCCAAAACUUCAACAGGGGAAAUUGGCAAAGACACUUUCGGCUGAUAAAAUCCAGCAAGGAAUUCAGAAGGAAUCUCCAAAAUUUCAACAGGGGAAAUUAGCAAAGAAACCCUCUGCUGAUAAAAUUAAUCCAGAAAUACAGAAGGGGGAACCAAAACAUCAGCUGGGGAAACUAGCAAAGACAACGUCAGUGGAUAAAAUUCCUCCAGAAAUAAAUUCAGAUUUAAAGCAACCUGUAAUUAAAUUGGAAGAAGACAAAAAAGGGAUAUUCUCACGAGAGAAGCCAUCCCUCCAAGAGGACAAAAAAGAGGAUGUCAGAGUUGAGAGUAAAGGACAAGGUAUCAAAGAAAAGUUAGAAGCCAAAGUACCUCCUGAAGAACUGCAGGUUAGGAAACAAGAGGAGGUGAGGAAGGAGGAUUUGAGAACUGGGAUGCCACAAAUGGUAUCCAAACCUGAAAAAAUUCAGAAAGAAGAAACCCUAACUCAAGUUGCCCCUAUGACACAAUCUGAUCAUGUGGAAUCAGAGAAAGAAAAAACAGAGAAGGAGAUUGACAAAUCAGAAACAUCAAUCUCUCAGCAACAGAGAAGUCCACAAGGUCUGAGUGACACUGGGUAUUCUUCUGAUGGGAUAUCAAGUUCACUUGGUGAAAUUCCAAGUCUUAUCCACAGUGAUGAAAAAGAUUUACUCAAGGAACUGUCUAAAAAAGAUACUUUUUCACAAGAAGGCAGUCCUUCAAGCCCCUCAGAUCUUGCAAAGUUGGAAAGUACAGUUUUGUCAAUUUUGGAAGCCCAGGCCAGUACCUUUGCUGAGGAGGAGUCUGGGAAGACCAAAGAUCUUUAUGGUAUAUAUGGUGAACAGACAAAGGAUCAGCAUAGAACAAAGCCUUUGCCAAUGACUCCAGAACCUUAUAGUUCAGAUGAGGAAGAUCUGGAAGACAUUCAAGAAGAAGAUGAAGAUGGUCUUGAAGAAGAUGGAAAACCAAGUGUUACAACUCAGAAAGACUAUAAGGAAAAGGUGGAUGCAGUAGACGAUACAUCAACAAGAAGGCAACGCUAUGAUUCUGUAGAAGACAGCAGCGAGAGUGAAAACUCACCUGUGCCAAGGAGAAAAAGACGAACUAGUGUCAGUUCCUCAAGCAGCGAUGAGUACAAACGAGAAGACAGUCUUGGAUCAGGUGAUGAUGAAGACUUCAUUCGAAAACAGAUCAUAGAGAUGAGUGCUGAUGAAGAUGCCUCUGGUUCUGAAGAUGACGAAUUCAUUAGGAACCAGCUUAAAGAAAUCAGUAUAAUUGAAAGCCAAAAGAAGGAAGAAGUGAAAGUCAAAGCUAAAGGGACAGCUGGAAAACAUAGGAGGAUGAUGCGGAAAAGUAUCACAAGCUAUGAUGAGGAUACUGGAAGACGUCAUUCAUGGCACGAUGAUGAUGAUGAUGAUGACGAAACUUUUGAUGAAAGCCCAGAACCUAAAUUUAGGGAAACCAAAAGUCAGGAUAGUGAAGAACUCACUGUAACUGGAGGAGGAGGAGGUCUUCGACGUUUCAAAACAAUAGAACUCAACAGCACAAUAACAAAUACAUAUUCUGAGGCAGCUGAACCACAGAAGGUUAGCUUAUAUUUUGAUGAAGAGCCAGAGCUAGAGAUGGAGAGUCUUACAGAUUCACCGGAAGACAGAUCCCGAGGUGAAGGGUCUUCUAGUUUGCAUGCCUCCAGUUUCACUCCCGGUACGUCUCCCACAUCUGUGUCAUCUCUCGAUGAAGAUAGUGACAGCAGUCCUAGUCACAAAAAAAUGGGAGGAGAAAGCAAACAACAACGCAAAGCCAGACACCGGUCACAUGGUCCUCUUCUACCCACCAUUGAAGAUUCUUCAGAAGAAGAAGAGCUAAGGGAGGAGGAAGAGCUGCUAAAGGAACAAGAGAAACAACGUGAAUUAGAACAGCAGCAAAGAAAGAGUUCUAGCAAAAAAUCUAAGAAAGACAAAGAUGAGCUACGAGCACAGAGAAGACGGGAACAUCCAAAGACUCCACCAAGUAAUCUUUCUCCUAUUGAAGAUGCAUCUCCAACGGAAGAGUUACGACAGGCAGCAGAAAUGGAAGAGCUGCAUCGAUCUUCCUGUUCUGAAUAUUCACCAAGUAUUGAGUCAGAUCCUGAAGGAUUUGAAAUCAGCCCCGAAAAAAUAAUAGAAGUGCAAAAGGUUUAUAAGUUGCCUACAGCUGUCUCUUUAUAUUCUCCAACAGAUGAACAACCUGUUGGGGUCCUAAAAGAAGAAAGUAGUCAAAAAACAUUGAAAAGUGCUGAAGAGGUUUAUGAGGAAAUGAUGUACAAAUCCCAUAAAUCCAAACUAUUUCAAAAUCCAAAUGAAAAAGAAGUGUUUGAAAAAGAAUCUUUAUAUGGUGGGAUGUUAAUAGAGGAUUAUAUUUAUGAAUCUUUAGUAGAGGACACAUAUAAUGGAAGUAUUGAUGCUAAUCUUGUAAUGAGACAAGAUGAAAGUAAAGAAUUCAUUCAGCAGAGAGGGAGAGAGAGAAAAAUAAAACCUUCUGAUCAGAUUUAUGAAGAAGCUAUGCAGAAAAUUGUAGAUCAACGGAAAGACUAUUACAGUAUACAGCCUUUGCAUUCAAUUGUGCCUCAAGAAGACAUUGUGUCUAGUUCUUACAUUAUACCAGAAAGUCAUGAGAUAGUUGUAUUGGACAGUGUUGUAACUUCCACUACUGAGCAAAAGCAGCUGUUAGAUGCAGAUGCUGCUUAUGAGGAGCUUAUGAAACGACAAAGAAUACAGCUAACACCAGGCUCCAGUCCAACUCAGCCAACAUCUGAUUUAACUCCUGCACCAGAUAAAAACAUAUUUGUAGUUGGAGACAAAGUGGAUGGUGCAUCUUUAGCAUCAAGUGAUGUUAUGACCGUUUCAGAGACAGCGUUAGUCAGCAGCACAGUGCAUUCUAUUCCAGAUGUUAAAAUAACUCAGCACUUUACUACAGAAGAAAUAGAAGAUGAAUACCUAACAGAUUAUGCCAGAGAAGUUCAGGAAAUAAUUUCUCAUGAAACAUCAAUGUUGACCUACAUUGAGGCAUCAGAAAGUGCAACAUCAGUUUUACCUUAUGAUACAUCUUCCCUUACAUCAUCUACAUCUUCAGUUUGUACCACUGAUAGCUCUUCACCUGUUACUGGAAUAGAUAGCACAACUAUGGGUUAUGUAGACAUAGCAGAUGCUGUAGGUAAAUUAGUGCAUUCUGAAGAUAUCUGUGCUGUAGCUCAAGCUCCCUUAAGUUUCACAACAGAACUUUCUGAAAUAAGCUCACCUUAUGAACUUGUUACUGUGCCCCUUAAAAAGACAGAUGUAUCCACAGAUAUGGCAAGUGUGGAUCAUAGUGUAAUUUCUUUGCCUGGAGAUGCACCUUCAGUAGUGACAACAAUGGCUAUAAAACCGAAGCAAUAUACUUCUGAGUCCAAUAUCUUUGAGUCACCCAAACCUGAAAAAGACACCACCAGAAAAAUUAAAAGUACAGCUGAUACUGAUAUUGCUAAGGCACUUUCUGAAGAUGUACACAAAGGAUUUGAGUUUGAGAUGACAAUAACUAAUUUGGCUGAGGCUGCAUCUGAUCAACUUCCUGUGUGUAUUACAUCAAAGUCAUCCCCAUUCACAUCCUCUGUAUCUACUACCUAUGUUACAACUAAGACUAGCACUGUAUCUGUAUUACCAUCUAUUGCUUCUUCAGUUCCAACUGUAACAUCCAAAGUAUUCUCAUUUUUUAGAAGUUCUUCUUUGGAUUCUUCUGCUCAACCUUCUCCACCACCUCCACCACCGCCACCCCCUCCUCCACCACCACCUCCGCCACCUCCACCUCCCCUACCAUUACCUCCACCUACUCCACCUAAACCAGCUAUCUAUCCCAAAAAGAAGCCACAGGAUAAGACUCCAGCGGCAACUUCUGAAGUGGUACCUUCUGUUACUAGUGUUGUAGCCGUAGAGGCUAUAGAUAUGUUAAAAAACAAUUUUGUAUCUACUCCAAAAAUAUACACCCCAACACCACCUCCUGUGCCACCUAAGCCAUCCUUAAUUCCAGCAGGGCUUGUGUUCAGUCACAGGCCUGCUGAAGUAACGAAGCCUCCAAUUGCUCCUAAGCCAGCAGUUCCUCAGCACCCAAUAGCUGCUCAUCAUAAGCCAGCAGAAAAACAGCCAAAACCAACAGGUUUGUCACUGAAAAGCAUGACUUUGAAUUUGGUCUCUUCAGCAGAGUGCAAGUUGCCAUCCCCAUCAUCCCCUUUGUCUCCACACUCCAACAAAUCUUCACCAAGGUUGACCAAACCCUCGCAGGAGACCUAUGUUGUUAUCACAUUGCCAUCUGAACCUGGAACUCCCACAGACUCUAUAACUAGUCAAGCUAUUACCAGUUGGCCUUUAGGUUCGCCCUGGAAGGAACAGCUUCCCCAAAAUAUGCAACCUCUGUUUACUCCAUCUAUGAAAGCUUUGGAGAUUCAAAGUAUGGCAGAUCACAGCAUGUAUAUUUCAGGUGCUUUGCAGGCUCUUUCCACCAUUCCUGUCACGGCACAAUCAACGUUUGAAACAGUCCCUAGCUCAGUAACACAGUUAAUAACAACAGAAGUGACCAAGACCACAGUGUCUGUGGUUAAAAGCUCAAUUCCCUCUGUUGGUUUAGGUAGUGUCUCCAUUACUAUACCUCCAGAACCAACAUAUAUAGGUGAGCAACCCAGGGGUACAGAGAAUGGAAGAUUCCAUCUGUUUGGUGAUGUUAUUGACCUUCGUACUUUAACUAAAAUGGAUAUUGAAAUGACAGACAGCUGUAUGGAUCUGUCUGCAGCUCCGACGGAUGUGAGAAGGCAAACUGUGGCAAGUGAUGUAAGUGGGCGGCCAGUAAGUGCUGUCCAACCAGCUAUCAUAAAUCUUAGCACUGUGUCAGCAGCAGAACCUUCUCUAGCACUAGUCACAGAAACAGUAACAAUAAUGGCCUGCACAGCUACUGUAAAUUACACAUCAAGUACAGAGAGCCUUGUAGAUCUCGGACAUGCAAUGACAACACCACUGCAGCUGACUACGUCAAAACAUUUUGAUCCUGCAUACAGAGUAAUAGGCAGCCAGGCAGUCUCUGCAGGUAGAGAUGAAGUGCCAAUAAACUUAUCUCUGGGUACUUCAACACAGGCAGUGUCAUGGGCUACUGCAAUGCCUGUUACUGUUCCUCCUGUUGGCGUGACAAAUGGUUGGACUGAUGUUUCAACAUCCCAAGAGCUAACAGAGAGUGGUGCAGUUGAUCUUAGCACCACGAAAUCCCACAGAACCAUGGUGGCGGUGGAUGAAGUUACUUCAGGAGUUGUCACCAGCGUCAUAGAAGAAGAAAAGCCUGUUGAUCUGACUGCAGGGAGAAGAGCUGUUUGCUGUGAUGUGGUUUAUAAAUUACCAUUUGGCAGUAGUUGUACAGCACAGCAGCCGCCAACCACACUGCCUGAAGAUCGGUUUGGUUACAGAGAUGACCAUUAUCAGUAUGAUCGCUCAGGGCCCUAUGGGUAUAGAGGAUUUGGAGGUAUGAAACCAUCUAUGUCUGACACUAAUUUAUCGGAAGCUGGCCUUUUUGCCUACAAAAGCAAGAAUAGCUUUGAUUAUCGAAUUGGGGCAACAGAUGCAGCAGUAGAUCUGACUUCCGGAAGAGUCAGUACAGGUGAGGUAAUGGAUUACUCAAGCAAGAGCACUGGUCCUUAUCCAGAGACUCGGCAAGUGAUUUCAGGCAUCGGGAUUAGUGCACCACAGUAUUCCCAAGCCAGGAUAAUACCUUCUCUGGGAUCCCAGUAUGGUGUUGGAAGUGUGUUACGAUCAUCUAAUGGUGUUGUUUAUUCCUCGGUUGCAACUCCAAUCCCAGCCACAUUUGCCAUAACCACACAGCCUGGUUCUAUUUUCAGUACAACUGUCAGAGAUUUAUCUGCUCUCCAAACAAUUGACUCAGUGCCCUCAUUAUCAACCUUGCAACAGAAUCAGCCACUUCCAAGAUCAUACAGUUUCUUGACAACAGUGGCAGCUGAAAAAGACAAUGCAAUUACUGGCAUUGAUAUUGACACGGUGUUGCAACCUAGCACUAUAGAAACGGUUACCACUGAGACAGCUAACCUGAUGCCUGUUUUAACAACAGCCUCUGAAGCUUUUACAGAUGUAAUUGAAGAUGAAGUUGCCCUUCUUAUUGCUCCUGAAGAAGACAAACAGCAGCAGCUUGAAUUACAACGUGAACUGCUUGAGCUUGAGAAACUUAAGCAGCAGCGCUUUGCAGAGGAACUAGAAUGGGAACGUCAGGAAAUCCAAAGGUUUAGAGAACAAGAAAAGCUUAUGGUCCAAAAGAAACUGGAGGAGUUGCAAUCCAUGAAGCACCAUCUCUUAUUUCAGCAAGAAGAGGAACGACAAGCUCAGUUCAUGAUGAGACAGGAAACUUUAGCCCAGCAGCAACUACAGCUUGAGCAAUUUCAGCAACUUCAACAGCAGCUUCAUCAGCAGCUGGAGGAGCAAAAAAUUCGCCAGAUAUAUCAGUAUAAUUAUGACCCUUCUGGAACUGUUUCUCCACAAACAAGCACAGACCAAGUGCUCUUGGAAGGGCAGUACACUGCUGCAGAAAAUGGCCAGUUUUGGACUAGUGAUGACCCAACCACCACAACUUCCACUGUGCUGGGCAUUGAAAUUCCACAAAGCCAAACCUGGUACCCAGUUCAGUCAGAUGGUAUUACCCAAUAUAUAUCUAGGCCUGGUAUGCUAAACUCUGUUUCAGAAAUGUCUCUUAAGGACAUCGAUGUGAGAGAGGAGAAACAACUGAAAAAGAGGAGCUCCAUGCCAAAAUUGCGUGGUCAGUAUGAUGAGCUUGAAGAGACCCUGGGAGAAGAGCCCCGGAGUUUUAAAAAAAUAGUGGACAGUGGAGUACAAACUGAUGAUGAAGAUGGUGCAGACAGAAGUUACACAAGCAGGAGAAGGAGAACUAAGAAGAGUGUUGACACAAGCGUUCAGACGGAUGAUGAAGAUCAGGAUGAAUGGGAUAUUUCUAACAGAUCAAGAAGGAAGUCUCGUGUUGGGAAAUAUAACGAGGGUACCACUGAGGUAGACAAGGCUAAGCCAUUUUCCAAAGUGUCCAGUAUUGCAGUUCAGACAGUGGCAGAGAUUUCUGUACAGACAGAACCAGUAGGGACAAUAAGAACACCUUCAAUAAGGGCUAGGCUGGAUGCUAAGGUUGAAAUCAUUAAGCAUAUUUCAGCUCCAGAAAAGACAUACAAAGGAGAAAGUUUGGGAUGUCAAACAGAAACAGACUCAGAUACGCAGAGUCCCCAGUACUUAACAGCUACAUCUCCACAGAAAGAUAAAAAGCGUCCAACACCACUAGAAAUAGGCUACUCAUCCCAUCUUCGUGCAGAUUCCACACUACAGGUAGUCCCUUCCCCUCCUAAAUCUCCCAAAGUUCUAUAUUCACCCAUUUCACCUGUCUCACCAAGCAAAGUUAUAGAGUCUGCCUUUGUACCCUAUGAAAAACCAAUUACUGAUGACAUCGGCCCUCCAAAGAUGCUGCAUGCUGAUACUGCCAAGGUUCCUCCACUGAGCCCAAAGUCUGCAAAGAGCAUGCAGCGCUCUAUGUCGGAUCCUAAGCCCUUGAGUCCAACAGCAGAAGACACUUCCAGACCUCAGUUUCAAUACACUGAGGGAUUUGUGGCUAAAGGUUCUUCAGCUAUAACAUCAGGUACCCAGAAGAAGGUAAAGAGAACUUUACCCAACCCACCUCCAGAAGAUGUUACCACAGGGACUCAGUCUGCAUUCGCUACUGUGGGGUCAGUUUCACGCAGAAGGAUCUGUAGAACCAACACCAUGGCCAGAGCUAAAAUUCUCCAAGAUAUAGACAGGGAAUUGGAUCUGGUAGAACGAGAGUCAGCCAAGCUUAGGAAGAAGCAAGCAGAGCUAGAUGAGGAAGAAAAAGAAAUAGAUGCCAAACUGCGGUACUUGGAAAUGGGCAUCAAUAGGCGGAAAGAAGCCUUGUUAAAGGAAAGAGAAAAGAGAGAGCGUGCCUAUCUCCAAGGAGUAGCCGAGGAACGUGAUUACAUGUCAGAUAGUGAAGUUAAUAAUACCAGGCCUACUAGACUAGAAGCCCAGCAUGGCUUGGAAAGACCACGAACUGCACCACAGACAGAAUUUAAUCAAUUUAUUCCACCGCAGACCCAGCCAGAAACUCAGUUUGCUCCCCCUACAAGCCCUUAUACACAAUAUCAAUAUUCUUCUCCUCCUCUUCCUACCCAAGCACCAACACAAUAUACCCAACAGUCACAUUACCAACAACAACAGACUUUAUAUCAUCAACAGGUUUCACCCUAUCAAACCCAGUCAGCCUUCCAGCCUGUGGCUACCAUGUCCUUUACUCCUCAAACGCAGCCUCCACUAACCCAACAGUCAUCAUAUCAGCUCCCAUCUCAAAUGAUGGUGCUACAGCAAAAGCCAAGGCAAACAUUAUAUUUGGAGCCUAAGAUAACAACAAACUAUGAUGUGAUUCGAAAUCAGCCUCUCAUGAUAGCACCUGUUUCCACGGAUAGUACUUAUGCAGUUUCCCAUCUUGGCAGCAAAUAUAAUACCUUGGAUUUAAGGAUAGGGCUGGAUGAAAGAAGCAGCAUAGCUAGCAGUCCCAUAUCAAGCAUAUCUGCAGAUUCAUUCUAUGCAGACAUAGACCAUCACCACACACCACGAAAUUAUGUGUUGAUCGAUGACAUAGGAGAGCUUACAAAGGGAACAGCAGCACUGAGUUCUGCUUUUAGCCUUCACGAGAAAGAUCUGACAAAAACCGAUCGGCUUCUUCGAACCACCGAAGCCCGGAGGGCACAGGAAGUGACGGACUUCCUAGCACCACUGCAGACUUCUUCUCGAUUACAUACUUAUGUAAAAGCUGAUGAAGAUCCAAUGGAAGAUCCAUAUGAGCUGAAGCUUCUAAAACAUCAGAUCAAGCAGGAAUUCCGCAGGGGUGCAGAAAGCCUUGAUCACCUUGCUGGCCUUUCUCAGUAUUACCAUGCAGAUAGCAGCUACAGGCAUUUCCCCAAAUCUGAGAAAUACAGCAUAAGUAGGCUCACACUUGAGAAACAGGCGGCCAAGCAGCUCCCAGCAGCCCUCCUCUACCAGAAGCAGUCAAAGCACAAGAAAGCUUUGAUAGACCCGAAACUGUCAAAGUUUUCACCUAUCCAGGAAAGCCGAGACCUCGAGCCUGAUUAUUCUAGUUAUCUGACCUCCAGUACUUCAUCACUUGGGGGCAUUACCUCCAGGGCAAGGCUUCUUCAGGAUGAUAUCACUUUUGGCCUUCGAAAAAAUAUCACAGACCAACAGAAAUUUAUGGGACCAUCACUGACAUCAUCCCUUGGAGCCAACCUUGGGACAACAGUAGGACCAACCAUGAGAUCCACAUUGCAAGAUGAAACUGAUAAAUCCUAUAGUAGUGGCAGUAGAUCAAGGCCCUCAUCCAGACCCUCUUCCAUUUAUGGACUUGAUUUAUCAUUAAAAAGAGAUUCCUCUAGCUCUUCUUUAAGACUGAAAGCCCAAGAGUCUGAACCAUUAGAUAUUUCUUUUAGUCAUGCAGCUCCCUCUGGAAGAACUAAACCUACAAGUCUACCUAUUAGCCAAAGCAGGGGAAGAAUCCCAAUAGUAGCACAGAACUCAGAGGAAGAGAGCCCUUUAAGUCCUGUUGGUCAGCCAAUGGGAAUGGCAAGAGCUUCAGCUGGACCCCUGCCACCAAUAUCUGCAGAUACUCGGGAGCAGUUUGGAUCAAGCCAUUCACUACCUGAGGUCCAGCAGCACAUGAGGGAAGAGUCACGGACUCGUGGGUAUGAUCGGGAUAUAGCCUUCAUCAUGGAUGACUUUCAGCAUGCCAUGUCAGACAGUGAAGCCUAUCACCUUCGCCGUGAAGAGACAGAUUGGUUUGACAAGCCCAGGGAGUCUCGUUUGGAGAAUGGACAUGGCCUUGACAGAAAACUGCAAGAGAAGUUAUCCCACUCCAGACCACCAAGUCAACAUCAAGAUCAAAUAAAUGGGAAACCUCUUCAGUACAUUUUCCCUCAUGCAAGACUCAAACUGCUGAGAGACCCAAAGGAUCACACAGUGUCAGGCAAUGGACUGGGAAUUCGAAUUGUUGGUGGAAAAGAAAUCCCAGGGAACUAUGGAGAAAUUGGAGCCUACAUUGCCAAGAUCCUGCCCGGGGGCAGUGCAGAGCAAACGGGGAAGUUGAUGGAAGGAAUGCAGGUGUUGGAAUGGAAUGGCAUCCCCUUGACAGCAAGAACGUAUGAAGAAGUCCAGAGUAUCAUCAGUCAACAGAGUGGGGAAGCAGAAAUAUGUGUAAGACUGGACCUCAACAUGCUCUCAGAUUCUGAGAAUCCCCAGCAUUUGGAACUGCAUGACCCAGUAAAGGCUGUAGACAAGGCGAAGUCCCCAGGGGUCGAUCCUAAGCAGCUGGCAGCAGAGCUUCAAAAGAUUGCUUCCUCAGCAGUGGAGAAGGGAUCUCACAUCCAUUCUGGCACUCCCUCUGCCACCUCCAGUGCUGUUCCCAGCCCUGGCCAGCCUGGUUCACCCUCAGUGAGCAAAAAACGGCACAGCAGCAAGCCCGCUGAAGUGGCAAAGUCUGCAUCCCAUCUGAUCACUGGAGAAAUUCAGCUUCAAAUCAACUAUGACAAGCACCUUGGUAAUCUUAUCAUCCACAUUCUUCAAGCAAGAAACCUGGCCCCACGAGACAACAAUGGCUAUUCUGACCCUUUCGUUAAAGUCUAUCUACUUCCAGGGAGAGGACAAGUCAUGGUUGUCCAGAAUGCAAGUGCUGAGUACAAGCGGAGGACGAAAUAUGUGCAGAAAAGUUUGAAUCCCGAGUGGAAUCAGACGGUCAUUUAUAAAAAUAUCUCCAUGGAGCAGCUGAAGAAGAAAACACUAGAAGUGACUGUCUGGGAUUAUGAUCGAUUCUCCUCCAAUGACUUUCUGGGUGAAGUAUUGAUUGAGCUAUCCGGCACCUCUCAGUUUGACAACACCCCACGGUGGUAUCCUCUGAAGGAGCAGACUGAAAGUAUUGACCAUGGGAAAUCUCAUUCUGGGCAGAGCAACCAGCAAUCACCAAAGACAUCUGUCAUCAAGAGCAGAAGUCACGGAAUCUUCCCUGACCCAUCCAAGGACAUGCAGAUGCCCACCAUUGAGAAAUCUCACAGCAGUCCAGGGAGCUCUAAAUCUUCUUCUGAAGGACACCUGCGCUCUCAUGGUCCAUCGCGCAGCCAAAGCAAAACCAGCGUUACUCAAACCCACCUUGAAGAUGCUGGGGCAGCCAUCGCUGCAGCUGAAGCAGCUGUCCAACAGCUUCGCCUCCAACCAACAAGGCCUACCAACCACCGCCCAGCAGAAAGCUCUGUCUCCACUGGCUCCUCAGCCAGUAGUUUUGGCAGUGGAUAUAGCAUGGAUAGUGAAGGAAGCAGCAGCACCACAGGGGAGAACAAUCUGUUUCCCAUUCCAAGAAUAGGGAAGAUGAGCCAGAAUGGACAAGAAUCAGUAAAGCAGUCAGGAGUGGGGUUAACCGAUGCAGAAGGUAAAACUCAAGUGAUGGGUGAAAUCAAGAUUGCACUGAAAAAGGAAAUGAAGACUGAUGGAGAACAGCUAAUAGUUGAAAUCCUUCAAUGCAGAAAUAUCACCUACAAGUUUAAAUCUCCAGAUCACUUACCAGAUCUGUAUGUGAAGUUGUAUGUUGUCAACAUCUCUACCCAAAAGAGAGUAAUUAAGAAGAAAACCAGAGUGUGCAGGCAUGACCGAGAGCCUUCAUUUAAUGAGACGUUUAGAUUUAGUUUGAGUCCUGCUGGGCAUUCUCUUCAGAUUCUGCUGGUCUCCAAUGGAGGGAAGUUCAUGAAAAAGACACUGAUUGGUGAAGCUUAUAUCUGGCUUGACAAAGUGGAUCUAAGGAAAAGAAUAGUAAACUGGCACAAACUGAUGGUCAGCUCCACACAAACACAUUAAGCAGACAUGUCUGCUUAGGGCACUAAACCUUGCAGCAUCUGCUGUAAAUGGCAUUACUCCAAGACUAUAGUUUGAUAUUGUGUUUAGGUAGGCUUUCAGAAUACAAAAUAGAGAAGAUUGGGCUCUGGGCUAAAUAGCACACUUAAAUGAGGGCUAGUACACUGGUUUUGCUGUGAAAAACAGCAACAAAAAAAACUGAGCCCAGAACUAAAAGCGAGGAAGUUUGGAAAGAAGAUUGAUAUGAGGGCUUCUGGACAUUGGACUCUUUGUGGCUGUCAGGAAACUAACUCCGAAAGAAAUAAUGAAGGCUUGAAGGCAGCUGUUAAUGCAGAAUUGGCUGCAGUCAGAGAUAGUGUGUCUGAAAGAACAAGCAGGGUUUCUGUAACCAGAAGGAGAUCAUUUUAUGCAAUGGAUGACUGGUUUUUCAAAUCUCACUUAUUAGAAGUGUAAAAGUUGUUCCUCUGCACUUUAGAAUAUCUGAUAAUUUGUUGUUGUGAGAUUAUGCCACAGGACACAGAGUGCAGGCUGUUUGUAGUGAUGGGUACAUUAUUUUACAUGAUUUUUUUUCUUUAUGCAAAGAAUAUAUACUAUAGAGAAUCAGAUCAAACUGAUUUCAUUUUGUUUUCAUGUGUAAACAAUGGAUAUAGGUCUCUGUCCUGGAACAUAAAAAUUAAAAGCACAUCCAUGGGCUAUAUUUAAAUGUUUUUGGAGGCUGGUUCAAAAGAAAGGAUCAAAUGGAAAUUGCACUAAAUCAGGAUGGGGGGAGGGACAGAAUGUUUUCUGUGUUAAUGAAACUGCAGUUCAAUCUUCCAUUUUGGGUGGGGUUUGUCUCUUUAAGUACUGAGAUCAAUGUUAUAAUUUUAACUAUUCCAUUUUUGUCUCCAACCAUCUGCCUUUAACCGGAGUCCGUUAGACCAUUUAAAGGUAGCAAAUGUUUAAAAUACCACAGUGUAUGCUCCAGAAUCAUAGACUCAUUGUGUUACUGCUACCCUGCGAUUUGUGGGAUUCUGGAUCAACAUCAUCAUCAGCGACACACACUACAAGAAGGAAUAAUAAGAUGUUUACCAUCUGGGGAUUGCAACAUUAAUGAGGGUCAAGAAUUUCCUUCUAAAAACUCAGGUGAAUGACUGAAAAUAGUCCAUUCAAAAGUGGCUUGUCAGUUAUGAAAGAUGUAAUUAAAGGAAGGUCACUGGCAACACUAACUUAAAGUUGUGUCAGAGCUUCCGAGCUAAGCAUUCUAUUUUCAGGAGAUUAUAAUACAGCAGUGACAAUUUCCUUUGGACUGAAACUGUGCAUAGGGGAUUUUAAACUGGGCAUAUUUUUCUUCUACCCAGAUAAAAAGGAAAAGGAAAGUGCUUUCAUCAUUCUUAAAAUUUUAGAACUAUUUAAAAUAAAUUGACAUGAGAUAAACUCCUUACCACUAAAAAAAUGGCUUACUUCAUAGCUAAGUGAUUUAGCAGGGGAUUACCCAGAAAUAUCUCUUUUUUUAUUAAAAAGAAAGUGACCAAAUUAAAAAUACUGGCAAGUGUUUACUGUUUUUGCCCAAUAGGCACUUUUCAUACGCCAUUUUAAGUACCCAUGUUGUUUUCCACUAGGGAUAGCACACCUCAAGAUGACUUACUUGGUAAAAUCAAAUUAUUCCUUGGGUUAAAUUUUAUAUUCCUUAAGUGAAAUAGGAAUUGAUGAGAAACCAGAUUGACUCUGAAAGAGGUAUUUCAGUUGUUUAUGACACUUUUCUACAUAAUUGUUUUCCAUUUAUUUAUUCAAUAUUAAAAAUAACACCAUGGGAAACGAAUGCAAUAUAGAGCAACAACAACAAAAAAAUUAAGGAUGCACAAACCAAAGAAAGACAAAGUUAAGGCUUUGGUGUACCACAUUUUUGCUUGCAACACAAUGUAUUACUACCACAAUGCCAUAAAUUACCAUAAAGACACAACAUCAUUGUCAAUAGAAGUGUGGCUUGUGCUUUGGCUUUUAAUUUCUUGCUUUUGUAUAACCCAACUCUGAACUUACGUAAUCACAGUCCAUUGUAAUCACAGCCUAAAUAUUGAAAUUUUAUAUGGAGAAUAAGAUUCUUCAAAACCAAAAUCCCCAGCCAAACCAAAAAUCCAUACAUGGGAUUUAAAAAAAAAUCUUUCGAGUAAGUGUUGUUCCUUUGUUGGGUUAUUUUAAAUUCCUGAUGGCUACAGUAAGUCCUUUCUUUUCUAAAAUGUCCAAUUUCAAUUACUGUAUGAAGUAAAAGCAGCGAGAUGUGCAAUUUUGUGCAAACUACUGGUAAUUUUGUUCUUGCUAAGAUUUAUUAUGAAGACAGCAGGUCAUGCUGAUGGUUGCCAUGGAGAUUUCCAGCAGGCGCUAGCACUAACUGGAUAGCUUACUAGGAAGCCUAUAAUCAUUAUUCUUAAUUGACCAAAGUGCUCAGGCAUGCUUUGCUCUUACAUGCACUCACAAAUGUUUCUGAUACUUUUAUGAUUCAGAAUUGUUUGUUUGGGUGUGGCUGGAGCUGUCCAGAAAAGCCACAGUUGCUUUGGAAUUAGCCCUCAGAAAUGGGUUUAAUUCAUACAUCUUUGUAUACUAAAAUCCAACUGUGAUGUGUCUGUUGGAAUCCCACCCCGAAAUACAAAGGGUAGUGGCUAUCAGGAAAAUUGGUCUCUAUUACAAAUGGUUUGACCAGAAGUAGAAGGGAAAGGACUCUUUUAAUGUCAUGUUAUCCAUUGCAAAGAGUUAGUGACAGAGAUGGAUCCACACACUUUCCCUUUUGUGAGACGCCAUCAAUUCAGAGGUUGCAAGAUUCUUCCAAAGUGUGCCAAGUUCCUUUAAAAAAAAUCAGAUUUCUAGGUUGCACUGGAAUCAUUCUAUGCAACACUGUUUCAUGUUUGAAUGCAUUUUUCUUUUUCGGGUGAAUGAAGUCAGCAAAAACCCUUCUUGUGACAUUUAAAAAAAAAUAAAACUCCAAACAAGGACUAUUAGUACUUUUUACUUUUUUAUAUAUAUAUUGCGACAUAUUCUUUUCCCUUUCCCCCAUUUUGUGUUUCUUCUAGUGGCUGAAAGUGUUUAGAGGUGGCUACAGAUUUUAUCAUCUCUGAAUGAUAAUUAGUGAAUUCACACAUUUCUUUGA